AUGGCUUCCAGUGUGGAUGAAAUCCCGAUACCUGCAGAAUAUGGCAACAUCAUCAAGGAAGCUGUGAGGCUUAGAAUGAUUCCCUAUGAUUGGAAUGUGUGGAAUGCGUACCUCUUUCCCGGUCUUAGAGAUCAUCUGUCAGUUGGGAAAUUACUUGAUAUUUAUGAUCAAUUACUUCUUGACCAUGAAGUGGAUGCCCUAGAAAUAGCCCGGUGGUGCAGGGAUGGAAGUUUUCGCGAAGAAGCCAAACUCAGACUCGAAAGAAAACACCAUCCCUUUCUCAACACGCGUCCUUUUUCUAAGCUCGACAAUGAGUUCCACAAGGACCAAGCAACAUACAAUGUGUGGAAGCAUCAAGCUGAAGAAUGUUAUGAAUGCAAUGAAUGUCGAGAGAGUGCACGUGACAAUGGUACGUCGAUGGAAUACCCAUACCCUUAUUUCCUUUUUGGAAUGAUUUUAGGGGAAAUGGAAUCAAGGCCAGAAAAACCUAUCAAUCAUACCAUUUUGCGACACUUGGGAUUUGCUGCAGCUGAAUACUAUACGCACUUGGGUUUUUUUGAUCAGUACGCAUCGCCUUUUCUUCAACAGAUUGCUGAAAAUAGGACUACUGCCUUGAAAGAACAGCAAGACUGUGACGAAUUCACCCUACAAAUUGUCAUGGUCCUACUACAAGACGAUCGCUCUACUAACAUAUCUUUGUAUUCAAAGCUCGCCAUAUUUUUCAAAAAUGUGCCGACAAGAACUGAAGGAUGUGCCUGGCGCUUGAGAUAUGCACUAUCUUCCGAACUCAACUGGAAAUAUCUUCUGCUGGAUCCUCGAUUCAAGAGAACUCUAGAAGAUUAUGGCAUUGGGAACCUCUAUAUGAUAGCGGGAACUGACGACUUUGUUGAAAAAGUGUAUUUAAAUAUCAGACAAGCAUACAUUUCAACCUUCGAUAAUGCUGGUCCCUUCAUGCUAUUUAUUGCGCUAGAGAAACACUCGAUGCUAGACCUUGUACGGGCAUUCAACCGGCAGACACUUCGUCCAGAGUCUGAGCAAGUGCUGGAACUUCUUGAUAAUGUCGACACAAUCCUAUCCGAUACCUAG